CACACCGCCGCGACGUUGUAGUCCAAGUCGACAAGAAGGCACCCGUCGAUCACUUCCAACCGGUGUUUGCCACUUUCUUCACCACAAUAUUUAUUUCCUUGAAGAGUCACGAAUUCCUCCGUAUAUUAGCUCCACGCCGCCGACGCCGACCGUCAAGGGAUUAUGUUCGUUGCCGCUGCUGCUGGCUGCUGGCUGGCGCGCGAGUCUCGUCUUGUCAGCGAGCAGCGUCAGCCCCCUCCUCCCUCCCUCCGCCACCCUGCGCCGAAAGGAAACACUGUUUUGUUUUUGUUUGUGUCGCGAGCACGCGCACACUCACACGCGCACGAGGACAGUCAUCGCAACGAAGGAGCCACGCUGUUAGAGAGAUGGGCGACGCAGUGGCUCGAGGCGUCAUGUGGACGUCCUCGGCGGCCUCGGGGAGACACACCUGCCUGGUGUGCCCGUUGACGUUCGCCACGGCCCGCGAGUCCGUCAUGCACAUGAGGGCCGUGCACCUCCACCCGCAGCCCUUCCGCUGCAUGGCGUGCGGGCAGCGCUUCGGCCGCCACCACGAGCUCACGGCGCACAUCGCCGGGCACGACCGGGAGGGCCUCGGGGACGACGGCGCCGAGCAGGACGACGCCGUCAAGCAGGAGGGCGUCAAGCAGGACGACGCCGUCAAGCAGGAGGGCGCCAAGCAGGAGGACGCCGUCAAGCAGGAGGGCGUCAAGCAGGACGACGCCGUCAAGCAGGAGGGCGUCAAGCAGGACGACGCCGUCAAGCACGGCAGCGCCAAGCAGGAGGGCCUCAAGCACGUCGGUGCCAAGCACGUCGGCGCCAAGGAGGACGCCGUCAAGCACGGCAGCAUCAAGCCCGGCAGCGUCAAGCGGGACGCCGUCAAGCAGGACGCCGUCAAGCAGGACGCCGUCAAGCAGGAUGCCGUCAAGCAGGACGCCGUCAAGCAGAAUGCCGUCAAGCAGGACGCCGUCAAGCAGGACGCCGUCAAGCAGGACGACAUCGCACGUGAUGGCGAUACCCAUGCCGCCGUUCAAGGCUCGCAGGGCUUGCCACCACCGCGCCGAGGCCAGGGACGCCCGGGACGCCCUCAACGAGGCGCACCUGCUAGUCGCUGCCGCAGAGGAAGUCCUCCGGAUCGUGGGCCCCUCAAGGAGGAGGUCCCAGAACGCGGCACGGUGCCUGCCCGCGCUGGGCGGCGCAGUUCGCGAAGCAGCCGUCGGGACGGAGCCCCACCUCCCCUCAGCCCACCGAUUGGCCCACAGGAGAGUCUUCUUCCAAGCGGUGAUGAUGCAGUAAGACCAUCUGAAAAUGGUCUCGCCUCUAACAUCGCAGGUUCAGGCCCAAGCGAGGAUCAGCAGCAUGGUCAACUUGGAAAAUUCCAAAAGCGCCGAGGAAACACCGGCCGCCGGGGCAGUCGGUCCAAGUCUAUGCAGCCGCUCCGGUCUCCGAGCAGUGAGGACACCAUCGAGGGCGGUUCGUCGGUUCAGCCUCGGGGUACCGUCCUGGCCAGUCCACCGGCGAAGCCUCAGGAUCUCGUCCAUACUGCUACUCCAGCUCCCCUCCCGGACCUCGUCCAGCAGACUGUCACUCCAGCGCCCCUUCCGGACCCACCCCAACAGACCAGCACGCCAGCGCCCCUUCCGGACCCGGUCACACUGACUAAGUCUUCGGCGCGCGACAGCAGCCAACAGCAAGGAAGCUCGCGGGGACGCGGCCCAGGUCAUGCCCGCGUGGGGAGCAGAUCCCGGUCCCGGCAGAAACGUCCAUCGGGGAGCAGCGAGGACAUCGCCGAGGAUGGUCCGUCGGCGCAGCCUCAGAACGACCUCGAGACAAGUCCAACGGCGCAACUGCAGAGCAUCUACGAGAAUAGACCAUCGGUAAAGCCUCUUGACCCCAAACAGCAGGCCAGUUUUUCAGCACUGUUACAGGACCUCUCCCAACCAGCUGGCCCUUUGGUGCACAGUGACGACCAACAUCAGAGAGGCACUCGGGGUCGUGGCAGAGGCCGAGGCCGUGGCCGCGGCCGAGCUCUCGGUCGGGGCCGAAGCCAUGGACUGGUGGACCGUGGCGAAAGGAUGCUGGAGGCCAACACCGUUCAAACCCAGGACACGUCGCCACUGCCGUCCUUGACGCCGCGGAAGAGGCAGGCGGACAAUGCCCUCUCGGAGAGCAUGGUCAAGCGCCGCGGCCCGCUGCCCCCGCCAAGGCCCCCGCCCUCCACUGGUGUCUCGGCCACCAGCGAGAUGGCCGUCGAUGUCGUCCAGCAGGCCUUGCCCCUGGCUGAUCCAAGUCCUUCCCCUCCGCUUUUGAACUUCGCUGGUCCUACAAGUCUUCCGCCUCCGCUCCAGGACUUCUUAGAGCCGCGAAAUCCUUCGCCCCCGCUUCUGGACUUCGCAGGGCUGGUUAGUCGUAGGCCGCCGAGCCCUUCUCCGUCAAGCCCUUCGCUGCCAAGCCCUUCGCCGUCAAGCCCUUCGCCGUCAAGCCCUUCGCCGUCAAGCCCUUCGCCGCCAAGCCCCUCGCCGCCAAGCCCUUCGCCGUCAAGCCCUUCGCCGCCAAGCCCUUCGCCGUCAAGCCCUUCGCCGUCAAGCCCUUCACCGCAGCACCAGGAUCCCGACUUUAGUCCUUCGGUGUUCAACGGUGAGCGACCAAGAAGCAUUCCAGGUCCACGCCUUGGACGUCCGCGUGGCCGAGGACGGGGCCGCGGGGGCCGCGGACGGGGCCGAGGGCGUGGUCAGGGACCGGGCCGCUCAGUUAGGCCGCCGUCCAGCUCCUCGGAUACUUCGCCGCCCCUCUCCGAUGCCUUCGCCAUGAGCGGGAUCGUCGGCGAGCCCGCCACCACCCUGCAAGCGCCCCGCCGUGGCGGAAUAGCGAAGCUAGCGAAGCAGGCCGACACUGUCGGCCCACCAAAGGCUGCCGUACUGUCCCCUCUGAAGACGGCAGCUACGUGGGACGAGACGACGGACAACAUCCCCUCGAAGCAGGACGGAGAGUCCACGCUGCCGCCGUUCGAGCCAGACGCGAAGCAGCCGAGGAAGACCAGGAGUUCGACGGGCGUGGCCUGCACUGUGGCCCCCGCCCAGGCCAGGAGCAGCGCGCCCAGGGGCCGUGGCGGCCGUGGCGGCGCCGUGGCCAAGACCAGGGUGCCGAGGCGCCUCUCCGUGCCCAACAAGCCGCUCCCUCUACACGCCCUGCUGGAGCUGCUGACGAAGGACGACGCCAAGCCUCGGAAUCUGUUUCUGACGCCGAAGCGAAGAAGCAAGAGCGUGGGGCCUCGCCUGGGGCGCAGCACCAAGCGCUUCACCUGCGACGUUUGUGGGAAGGGAUACUCCCAGGAGGAGUCUCUUCAGUACCACAAAGCCUACCACAAAUAAAUGCCUGAGACGAUUUUACAUUCUCCUACAUUCACUUUUGUUUUUAACGUUCCGUUUUCAUUUUUAGUGAUUGUCGUGUAAUCUUGAAAGUAUAUAUUUUGUUUUAAGAGAUUGCCACAUUAUCCUUGAAAUGUAAGGGUUUUGCUUGUAUUUAAUUUUUAUGCAAGGUCCUGAGGGAAAAAAUGAUUCAAAACUGUUGAGAAGAAACACAAUUACAUCUGUUGUGAAUUUAAUUUAGGAACUUAUCCGCACAGAGGAUAA